GGAGAGGAGGCGGCCCGGGCGCCGCAGGAAGCGUGGCAGGGCUCCCCCCACCAACCAAAGAAGGCGCUCACUCCAUGCCUGCGAUGCUCGGAGUUGUCCAUGUUCGGCAGGGCCCUGAUCCAGCCUCCUCCUCCUCCUCUCUUCUAGGACUUCUGACGGUUUGUCCCUGCUUUCCUCUUCGCACUCACCAUGUGGAGCGGCUGAGGCCAGCGCCCGGGAUGGUGGCCCUGGCAUGAGCUGGGCUGUGCAGGGCUGAGCCAGUGCAGACCUUUUCACAAAGGGCAGUGCAGGAUUCCUUGCCCCAAAUGGAGGCCCGGGCAGAGAAGGGGGAUCAGGCGGAGACGGCGAGGAUUACUUCACAGCUGCUGAAAGCCAAGACGGGCGAGUUUGACCUGGAGUCUAUCUUGCUGCUGAAGCUGCGAGGGCUGGGCCUCUCGGACCUCGGCUGCCUCGGGGAGUGCUCGAGCCUGGAGUGGCUGGACCUGUCGAGCAACGCCAUCACCCACCUGGGCCCUCUGUCUUCCCUGAAGGCUUUGGCUGUCCUCAACAUCUCCUUCAAUCGCAUCACCACCUUGGAGCCACUCGGCGGCUGUGAAAACCUGCAAAGCCUCAACGCGGCCGGCAACCUGUUGAGCAGCCUGCAGCACCUACAGAGCCUGACGGGACUGCGGCGCUUGGAGAACCUGCGCCUCAGCAGCUCUGCAGGGUGCCCCAGCAACCCCAUCUGCGCCUCCCUCGGCUACCGUGUUGCCAUGGCAGAGAUGUUUCCUGGCGUCAAAGUGAUCGACGGCGAGAGAGUCUUGGGGCGUGGCAGCGAGCUGUACCAACUAUGCAAGGAUCUUGACUGCUCCCUCAAGCGCUUCCCCAGCAACAGUGGGGUGGGCAUCACAGAGCUCACGGGCUUGGCCAAACCUUGGGUGGCAGAGGGGUACUGGGACCUUCGCCCCACUCGGAGGAGCUCCAUCGUGGAAGAAGCCUACAAGCAGUUCAAUGAGGUUCUCCAGGAGUGCCGAGAACUGAGCAAGCGAGCAGAUGACGCCAUUUCCCAGGCAGAACAGGCCCUGAACGCCCACUUUGACUCAAGCUCCUACGUCUUUUGAGCAGGCCCAGGCCCCGGCCCAGGCCCCAAGAGCGUUCCCUCAGUGUUGGCGAGCCAGGCCCAGUGGGUUUCAUGGGCCUCUGGUGGGCCCAACUCUGGCUCUGCGUGAGGGGCCUCGAAGCUCCAACUCCCCUUCCUUCUGGACUCCCAUCUGUCGCUUCCUCCCCUCCCCAGUUCAGGUCCCUUCGCCUGGAUGGCUUUCAAACUACGGCACGAACUGGUUUUAAGCAGUUUUAAUGGCCACGCCUUCCCUCCCCUGCGCACUGGUUUGAAUCUCUGGAAUCGGAGCUAAGCAGCUAAGAAUCCCAAGCAGAACUAACGAAAGCACGAAUGAAAGUAGCAUUCCCCGGGCUCUUUGGGAGGGAAGCUGGAGCACCCGAAGGACGUUGAAAGGCGCUGGCAUUUGCAAUGCAGAUGUGACUGGUCUUGGGUCCAGGGCACUGGGCAAGGAUCACCACUGGGUUCCCCUCUCAGCUCCUGGGGAUCUGCCUGGCCCCAAGGGCCGGGGGCGUAGCGCGCUUCCUCAUGAGCCCCCCCCCCAUCAGACUCCGUCAUCUGGGAUGAUUUCUCUCAGCCCUUUUCUCAUACGGCAAAUCCAAGCAGUUCAGGGUUCGCAGAGCAGCCUCUCCGAUUCUUUGCCACGUGUGGAGUCCACAAUCCUGGCCGAGUGGUUGACUGUUCUGCACUCCACACAUGCACUCUAGUCUCCUUCACCACUCAUGGCCGCCACCUAGUACAGCCGCAUACAAACAGUUUUGUGAACUGGAGCCCGGAUUGCAAAGUAACGGUCGGGAACCAGUCCGAAGGGCCUUGAGGGCGAGUCCACCCACCAGCCCCAUCCGUGCUACCCUGCCCUGGAAUGCUGGCCAGGUGGUUCUGGAGAUACCCCCUCCUUGGUGGCCUCUGCCCUGCCUGACUGCUCUCCACCAAGGGGCUGAACUGACAAGAGGGCUCUCAUGGACUUUCCCUUGCGGCUGCACAUCAGAGCACCAGGCGAGCAAACCAAAGCUCACCUCACACCUGCCCUGUCAUUCUGCAGUAACAAAAGCCAGCCGGCUUGACAACCCAUCAUACCGUGAGCCAGCCAGACCCAGUGCCUGUGCGGAGACGCCCCCUUCUCCCCGGGGCCCCCCGCGGUGUCUGGCUCCAAGCUCCCACCACCUCUGUGAGGAUCCUUGGGCUGAAGUCCCCCAUCUCCCAGUUGCCUGGUACCCUUUGGAGUCAAGAGUGGGUGUUCUGCCUGGGCCUCUGGGCUCAGGGGCCGUGACCGGAGCACAGCAGCGUAAAUGGAGGAGCUGCUCUGGAUGGGGGAUGCAGGGCAGGAUCGUGGAAGGAGCGGCAGGAGUGCCCUCGAGGGGCCACAGGAGGGAUGAGGGCGGGUGAGGUUGCCCUGAGAGGUUUGUGGGGGCCUGGCGGUGCUUUGGGUCUGGACAGUCUGGGAGCUGGGGGGGGGGGGGAAUGCUGCACACCCUGUUGAAACACCCUAGUCCUGCUGUGUGAUCUUUCAUGUGAAAUAAAUGGGAUGCUUUUCAGCUGUGGGCCUGGGCUCCCUGGCCCUUCUGCCUCCCAGGCAGGGCAGAAGUGGCACUGUUGAGCAGGCCCUGGCAUUGCCUGGAGUCAGGCGUGAGCCAGAUUCCUCGCUGUGGCUAGCUGAGCCCUCUGUCCUGCAGUGCCUGUGGGCACCGCUUUACCCACCCGGGCCCCUCGUCCUCUCUCCCGGAUCCAUGCCAGGAUGGCGUGGACAGUUCCUCCCCAAGACACAGCCAAGGCCCCAGCGUAGCACAUCUGCAUGUCCUCCACAAUUUAUUCUGCUUCUCCCAGUUACGUGGAUGGGGCAAUGAGGAUACUCCCCCUUUCCAUCACUGGAAGUCCUGCUCACCUCUCACACACGGCUGCUAAGAUCUUGCCCGGAGGGGAGGUUUGGCAGUUCGAACAAAUCACACAGUCCUGUUUUGCCUAACUCCCCCCUCCACCACCCCCACCGCCAUGUCUUCAGAUGAAAGAGUUCUCAGAAUGCUGAACAGGAGAGGUCUCAGCGAGAGGGGAGGGCCUCCUCGGGUCUGCCGUGGGUCCUGCUGCCCUUGUGAAGUCAUUUCAAAAUGCUGCGAGGGCCUGUGGCUGGGCAGCAGGAUGAAGGGUGCUUGUGUCCCAUCCGUCUCCUCCGCCUUUUCAAGUGCUGAAAUGGCUGCAGGCGGUGUGGCAUUUUGGCACUUGCAAAGGUGGGGGGGGGCAGAGGAACUGGGUCUCUGCCCACCGUGCUGCGGGCCUGACCAGGAUUGGCCCCUUGUAGCACUUUUUAAAGCACUUUAAAAUUGGAGGGGUGUCCCUGUGGCAGACGCGAGGCCACCACUCCGUCUGCUUUGCCCCCAAGACACCUGAUCUUCCUAUCACCUCUUAUGGAAUGUCGAGUGACGCGAACUCCAGCCCAAUAAAGGAUGGAUGGCCCGGAUCCUGUGCCCUGAUUUCA